CGCCUAUCUAUCCUAAUGAAUCCUACAUUCUUUCUUUUUCUCUGGUUUUCGUUUCGAAAAGCAAAAUGAAGUAAGUCGUCUAAAUCCAUUUCAAUCCGAGUAGAAAAACGAAGUACAUCCUUCAUUACUCAUUAUUAAAAAGCUUUAAUGAUAGUACUACUUUUGUUUGCUAUGAUAUUACUGAUUUAACCCUGAUAUUUAAUAUAAAAUGCGGGUCAUAAUAUGUCAUUCAUAUUACAGAAGUACAAUGUUUAUAUGAAAAAUUUCGUAUAAAUAUAUGCACAGCAUACGCCAGUCUGUAGUUAGGAACAUGCUUGAUUCUCUCCUUUUAUAUUCUUAUACUAUAAGUAGUGUAUAAAUUAUUAUGGGGUGUUUUUAGGCUAGAGGUGUGUAAUUAUAGUGGAUACAAAAUCUACCCAGGCCAUGGGAAAAGAUAUAUCAGACUUGAUGGCAAGGUAUGUGUAUAAAGCUUAUACAUAGUUUGUUUUGUACUGUCAACAACAUACAUUUAUCAAAGACACUGGAAAAAGAGUUUGUAUCAUGCAGCCAAGAUCUUGGAUGUUCAGUUUUGAUGUUUUCGAUGUAUUCUCGGUGUGCAUGUGAUGUCACCACAUUGUAAAAUUAAAGGUACACAGCUAAAUGUGUUCACCAAAAAAAUUGGGUUGGUACUAUUAUUUUCUGCCUGGGUUACAGACUUUUAAAAAUAUUGCUGACAUCACCAUUAUUUUCAACAGCGUCACAGAAUUCUACACAGAAGUCCAUCUCCAUUGUUUUUUGCGUAAGCUCUAUUUGUCAUUAUUCGUCACUCGGCAGGUACUGUGCAGAAGCAGUCCCCCCUGGAAAUACUCAAAAUGGCACAUGUCCAGGGGGGUGACUGCUUCUGUUUACGGUACUUGCUGAGUGACGAAUCAUGACGAAUAACACUUACGCAAAAAACAAUGGAGAUGGACUUCUGUGUAGUAUUCUGUGACAGCGUUAUACAUAGAUUUAAAAAUACUUGGCAAAUUUGUCAGCCAUCAUGGUGGUAAAAAAUGAAUGCUAAAAUGACUUGAGCAUUAUUGGGUCAUUCCAGAAAAGAUCCAUACUCCCCCACAGAGGAAAUUUCUGCUGUCCGGAGGGGGAGGGGAGACAAAAUUGUUUCUGACAAUAGUAAAUGUAUUACGACAUCCGAAGGGGGGAGGGGGUUAACUUCCAAUUUCUUCCGUGGGGAGGUAUGGAUGUUUUCUGGAAUGACCCAUUGGAUUUUUUUGUAAAUAUAUAAACCUGUAAUGUCACCAACAAAAAUAUUUGUUUUUACCAUUUAGCAUUCACCUAAAAUCAGCAAAUCAAGGAAUUUUGCUUGAGCAGUUCUUGCUUGUUCUCACAAUUAGUAUUAUUGUGAAGCAAUAACUGCUGAAGCCUUUGGUGCAAGUUGAAACAGAAGCUAAAGAAUUUUUACAACAAAAAGUUGCAUACUGAUUAUGGUUUGUUAAUGUUGUAGUGUUUCUAUUUCUUGGAUAAAAAAUGUGAGCGUUCCUUCCUCAUGAAAAGAAAUCCACGAAAAAUUUCCUGGACAGUGCUGUAUAGGAGAAAGCACAAGAAAGGGUCAGUUGAGGAAGUCACAAAGAAAAGAACAAGAAGAAAUGUGAAAUUUCAGAGGUCUAUCCAGGGAGCAACUUGGGAGAAUAUCCAGGCUAAACGAAACCAAAAGCCAGAAGUGAGGAAAGCCCAGAGAGAACAGGCAAUUAGGUAUGUAUUGCUAUGUAUGUUGCUCAGGACCUAACUAUGCUACAGAGGAAUACAAGUCGUUUCACCCCCAAGUCGAUUCGCCCCAAGUUGUUUCGCUCCCAAGUGGCUAAGUUGAUUCGCUCCAAAUUUUUUGGUACGGACCGACCUAAACGGUAAAGGUUUUGAUUUUUUCAUGUUUGCCGUUUGAUCCACAAUACUCACAAAUAUGGGCUAGUUUGUAAGAGGUCAUUCAUUAGCUAUUGUAGGACUUGUAGGCAAACAAAAAUUUUGAACAAAAAAACAUGUUAAUUUUAUUACAAAACCUCAUGUUUCAAACAAAAACUUUUUACAACUUGGGGGUGAAACAACCGGAUACCCUACAGAGUUGGGCAGAUAUCAGGGGCACCAAACAAUUUCCAAGGCCACAUCAAGAGGCAGUCAUGCACACAAAAGUUACAAAAUAGGUAUUAAAAGAUUUUGGAGAAUUUGUUUAUAUGAAGCACUCUCGGGGCAUCUCUGCCAUAUACUAUAGGAUAACACCCAAAACGAGUUAUUUCUCAAUGAUGAUUUUUACCUACAUUGCUUGAGGACAACCUGUGAGAACAAUAAAGUGACUGAGAGAAAUAACUUGUGCAAUUAAUCUUUUGGAUGUAGCAAUUAUUAACCCAUUAUGUUGCAUUUAUUCUACUCUACCUGAAGCCAGACGACUUCCUCGUCAAGCGAGAGCUCUGGCACUCAAUGGGUUAAUAGAUUUCCAUAGUAAGAUCAAUUAACAAGGAAGUUCCUUAAAAUUAUUCUGAGCUAAACAAUAGUAAACAUAUAGCAAUAAUAAAACUAAUGAGUGGAAAAUAUGUUUAGAGCUGCCAAAGAUAAAAUUAGACAAAAGAAGGAAGUCAAGAAGUUGACAAAGGUACUUAUUAUGCAUUUGGCUAUAAUUGGUCAGAAUUAGUGUCAUAAAAGAUGUAUAAAAUGUUUCCUUAUAUGGUAUUUUUUGAAAUGUGAUAUAAUGUAUUUUUUAGGUACAGCAACAGCCUUCAAAGUCUAAGGCACCUAACAAGCAAAAGGGAGGUAAAACUACUGGUCGUGUUGGUGGGAAACGCUGAAUGUAGAUUUGCAUUGUGCAAU